GCGCGCGCCGCGGCGGCAUGGCGGGGGAGCGGGCGGUGGGGCUGGUGCGGGAGCUGCAGCGCGCCGCGGGCGGGCACCUGCCGCCGUUCCGGGCGGAGGAGCUGCGGCAGGCGCUGGAGGAGAUGCGGGCGCUGUACGAGCGGAACCAGGCGGACGUGUCCGAAGCGAAGUCGGGCCGGACGGACCUGAUUUUCCUCAUCCGGUUUCGCCACUGCUGCCUGCUGAGGAACCAGCGCUGCGUCGUGGCCUACCUGUACGACCGGUUGCUGCGGAUCCGAGCGCUCAGGUGGGAGUAUGGCAGCAUCCUGCCGAACGCCAUCCAGUUCCACAUGUCAGCUGAGGAAGUGGAGUGGUUCAAUCGGUACAAAAAGUCCCUGGCUACCUACAUGAGGUCAGUAGGAGGAGAGGAGGGGCUGGACCUUACGCAGGACAUAAAACCUCCUAAGAGCCUGUACAUCGAAGUGCGGUGCUUAAGGGACUAUGGAGAAUUUGAGAUCGAAGAUGGAACCACGGUCCUGUUGAAGAAGAAUAGCCAGCACUUUUUGCCCCGCUGGAAAUGCGAGCAGUUAAUCAGACAAGGAGUCUUGGAGCACAUCCUGUCGUAAGCGUGCAGGACAGGAGGGACAGCCUUUGCCUGAUGCCCUGUGCAUAAUGGAGAGCGAACCCUGGUGCGUGCAGGACUUCAGCCACCUCAGCAUCUCUGCAUGGAGCACCCUGCAGCUCCGUGCAACAGCUAUUACUGCCUGACGUGAAGACCAGCUCCAAGUUUAUAAAGUGUGCAAACCAUACUGGCCAGCGCUGCGUGACCAAAGGGUGCAUACUGGUAAUGUAGCAAGCCUAGGAAUCCUGCCAUUGUAUCCAAGCCCCACAGCUACCUGCAGGUUCUGUGAAUGCUGUUGGGCUUGGAGCAGCUCUUUGUUCACCCUGUGCCUUCAUGAGAAAGAGACUGACCAGCUGGGCUGUGGAAGCUGGGAGAACACCACAGCUGCAAAAUAAAGAACUGCUUCAGCCUUCAGUUUGCAUAGUUCAAGAGUCAAUGUUCUGUUCAUUAAACACUCUCUGACCUGGAUCUCUGGUCCAACCCAUCUUGUCCUGGCAGGGUGACGCUUCACUGGUUAUUUAGGUGUCUCUGAACUCUUCCACACGUCAAGUUAGGCUGAAAGAGCUUUCCAGGACUAGACACAGCUUUGUCUGCCAUCAGAGGCCUAUAAAUGUGCUUUCUUAAGGUGCUGAGUGAACGAGCACUGCUGACUGUGCCUCUUUCUCUAUGGGGUCACCUUCCCCAGCACCCUGGUUUGGUAGGGCUUAGGGACUACUUGGAGGAAGAGGGGUGGAAGAGGGAGCGGAGGGUUUUAAGGAUUUUUGUAAGCACCGAAACAGCAAGACU